GCGCACAUCAAGGUCUUAAUCCAGAAGGGCUUCAUCCCUCACGGUGAGAUAAUGACUGUGUAUGUCAAGCCAACGUGGAAAUUGCGGGUGCUACGCCAUUAUGUCUCUGCGAAGUGGGGAUACAACCCUUCUUGGCUACGCUUUGUGGAUGGGGUGGGCAACGCCUUGCUAGAGAACCUGAGCUUCCGUGAGAACCACAUGAAGGAGAACCAGACGAUUACACUUCUCUUCAGGUUGCAGGGUGGGGUCAUCAACCGUUUCCUAAAGAGGGAAGAGGCAGUCCCCCACUUGAAGAACCGUGCCACCAAGGGAAUCAUCAAGACCGAGGUUCCGCAGAUGGAGUUGGGUCAAGACUUUGACAAUUUCAUCUCCUCCUUCAAGCGUUCCAUUGACGACAUCAAGAUGCUGAGAACCCAAGGUGUCAACGUCAUAGAGUCGGGACUGAGACAGAUUUCAGAGUCCGACUUGAGCGACAUCAAACAGAUCAUGAGCUACUCCAAACGCAACGGAACUACGGAGCAGCGUCUUCCGAAGCUUAUUGAGAUACUCUUUCCCCACAUCAUCAAGUUGACCUCCGCUUCGAAGGCACUGACCCGUCUCCAAGAGGAGACAGUUGUCGACCUCAUUGGCAUUUACGUUGAGCAGUUUCACUCCUUCACCGAUGGUCAGGUUCAAUUUCAAAAUGAGCCUUUCCUUCAGUCAGUGGAAAAGGAGAUCAUCCGUAGGAGCCUUUUGAACAAUCAGGUCAAUGCCUCUUCCGAGCAGGAACAGGCAAGAUGCCUCAUUUCCUGA